CUUGCACACCUACGGGACCAGUUUACACGGCGUUGCGCAUGCAGAGACCAUCAACAACGAGGGUGGCUCUUCCGCGCAUGCCAAGUGCACUACCCCAACCCCGGCCCCAGAGCCUAAGAAGAGGCGCAUCGCCUCUGUAGACGUCGACACAGCAAAGAUGCCAGGGUACAAGGAACACGUAGCUCGAAAGCGAGGGAUCAAGAAGCAACGACAAGAGAGCUAUGACACCGAGGGAGCAAGCAGCGGUCAACAAUGCCCCAUUUCGAUGCCGGUGCCGUCACAUCGCGGCGCAUAGAGCAAAGGCCUACUCACUCCCCUCUGUCUUUCCGGGGUCAAUCAUACACUGCUUUUCGUCGUGUCCAAUGCCCACGUCUUCUGUGGUCUUCUCCACGACCUCUGUCUUGUGCCUCUGUCUCUUCUUUUGUCUCUCGCCUCCCGGCGGUCGUCCCUGUGCCUCGGCUUUGUCUAGCCUCACAUCUUCUGCCCGUUCUCUCCGUGGCUCGUCUCUUGUCUCUUGUCCCUCAUGCCUGUUCCUCGUCUCUUGUACCCUGUCCUGCCUCUCCGGCGGCGGACUCUGUUAGUCAAUGUCCAUUUGGCUUCAUUCCAGAUCAGGGCGUGAGACACGACUCGAUGAGAUCUGUUUUCGCACCCGACUUACGCCGAGGAUGCCUAUUGCUCUGGAGCGUGGAAGCAAAGGCAGCAGCGGCGUCCCGGGGCGGUCCGAAGUGGUGCUGAUUUGCCAUGUGGCCGUGACCCUUCCCCUUCCUCCUUCGGUCUCCCCCUCCAUUCUCCUGCUCCCUCCUCCUGCUCCCCCUCCUGCUCCCCCUCCUCCUCCUUCGCCUGCUGCCUCUUUCUUCUUCCAUACGAGCUCAUCUCACCAACUUCUUCCCUAAUGUACUUCUGCCCUCUAAUGG